CUUACCUGAACUGAAGUUGGACAAUUCACUGAACUGAAGCAAAGUUGAGGCUGCAGCUGCGCCUGAACCUGAACUGAACUGAAGUUGUGAUUGAAGUCUCUGCAAUUGUGCCUCAACCUGAACUUCAGUUGUAACAUCAGAUUAAGGAACCAUCUCCACCUCAAGUUCCCCAAUGAUGAAAUUCGAUGCUCUAUCAGUGCUCUCCAAUGACUAUAUGAAGGAACAAAUUGCUGGCGACAAACUAUGUAAGUUGGUUUCGAAAAGGAAGAAGCUACCCCAUAGAGCAUUGGAUAUGUGGAAAUAUAACAUGAUGCACCAAAAGGAUAUCUUCUCUGACCUAUGGUACACGGAAUGUGUACUGACCUACAUAACACCUACAAGGCUGAGUUCCCUCGGAUUCUUCAAGAAGCUAAUGCUGAGAUUCCUCAAAAAGUUGCUCCUUUUGAUUUGAAUGAGAUUGCUCAAGAAGUUGCUCAAAUUGCUCAAGAAGCCACUGCUAAAGAAGAAGCUGCUGGCCAGAUUGCUCAAGAAGCUGCUGCUCAAGAAGAAGCUGUUGUCCAGAUUGCUCAAGAAGAAGCUGCCCAGAUUGCUCAAGAAGCUGCUCAAGAAGAAGUUGCUCCUUUUGAUUUGAAUGAGAUUGCUCCAGAAGCUGCUCAAGAUAUGGAUGUUCAAGAAGAAGCUGCUCAAGAUUUGGAUGCUCAAGAGGAAGCUGAUGCUCAAGAAAAUCCAAAAGCAGAAUUGACAAAUGAGCAAAGGCAUGCUGUCUACUUUGCUUUGGAGGUAAUCAGGACCAGAGAUGGAGAAAUUCAAGCAUAGGACAAGUAUAUCACUGCAGUCUUGAUGGAUACAAGUGUGCGGACUGUUGAGAGAAUAUGGGCCAAAGCCCUGGCACAGAUUGCACGAGGUGAAGAAGUUAACGUAUCAAAUAAGAAGAAAGGUAAUGUUGGCUGAAAAAAGAAAGAUCUGGAUUUGCCAAGGGUACUCACAAUACCACUCAACAAAAGAAAGACCAUUCGGAGUCUAGCAAAAUCAUUGGGUGUGUGCCACGCAACCUUACACCAAAGGUUUAUGCUGGGUGAUUUGAAACGACACAGAAGUAAUUUAAAGCCUUCGAUGACAGACGCAAACAAGAUUAAGAGACUACAAUUUUGCGUCUGGAUGCUUGACAAUUAUGGCUUGACAACUCCUUGCCCUUUCUUCAAGAAAAUGGACAAUGUCGUCCACAUCGAUGAAAAGUGGUUCUACAUGACCCGAAUAAGCAACAACUACUAUCUCCUUCCUGGUGAACCACGACCAUUGCGCACAGUGCAGAAUAAGAACAUCAUUGGCAAAGUUAUGUUCUUGACGGCUGUGGCGAAGCCAAGAUUUGGUGAAGGUGGAGAGGUCACAUUUGAUGGAAAGAUAGGCACCUGGGCCUUUGUCGAAGAGACGCCAGCUAAAAAAAACUCCAAACACAGAGAUAGGGGGACACUUGAAGUGAAAUCAGUGACUGUUACACGUGAUGCCAUGAGAGAGUUCAUUUGCAAGAAGGUCAUUCCAGCUAUCCAGGAUCGGUGGCCAGAUGAGGAUGUAGGAAGAACAAUCCUCAUACAACAAGAUAACGCUAAACCUCAUCUCCUCCCUACCGAUGAUGCUUUUCAACGGGUCGUGGACGAGACUGAUCUGGACAUUAAGUUGAUACAGCAGCCUCCAAACAGUCCGGACAUGAAUGUCCUCGACCUGUGCUUCUUCAGGUCCCUCCAGUCACUCACCGAUAGCACAGCACCAACAACUAUCAAAGAACUAAUAGAGGGUGUGGAGGAAGAAUACAAUAACUACGAUGUCCAGAAGCUCGCUCGAAGCUUCAUUACACUGCAGUACUGUAUGAUUGAGGCUAUGAAGGUGGAAGGAGGAAUUGGCUGUGACCUCCUACACAAGCAUAAGGAGCGCGCAGAAGGGAAGUUACCAUUUAUCACGGCAAAUUUACUGGCAAAAACCAAAGCACUUAUAGAAGGACAGGCUAAGAAAGAAAAUGUGACGUAGAGAAAGGAAGAGAAUGAUAGUACUUGUGUGUACUUGUGUAUGAUAUUACCAUGUGUAUGAAAACAUUUACUCCCAUUAUGAAAUGUGAUGUGUUGAUAUUAAUAUCA